AUUUUAAGACAUUUGACUAAGAUGGCAUCCAAACCAAUCUUGUACUCGUACUUUAGAAGUUCUGCAUCAUGGAGAGUCAGAAUUGUUCUUGCGAUGAAGGGCAUAGACUAUGAAUACAGAGCUGUUAAUCUCAUAAAGGAUGGAGGGAUGCAGAAAACAGAGGAGUUCAAGGCGAUGAAUCCCAUGGGACAGGUUCCUGUAUUUGUAGUGGGAGAUGUGGCUCUGUCUCAGUCAAUGGCAAUCAUAGACUAUCUUGAAGAUCUGUACCCUAUUCCAUCAAUCAAUCCAAAAGACCCCAUCAAGAAAGCACAGGCGCGUGCCCUGGCAGAACUUGUAACGUCAGGUAUCCAGCCUAUACAGAACCUCUCGGUCCUGCAAAAAGUGUCGGAGAGCCAGGAGGGCAGGGCCGAAUGGGCCCGAUUCUGGAUUGACAAGGGAUUCAGAGCUUAUGAGGAGUUGGUACAGAGGACUGCAGGAAAGUACUCUGUUGGAGAUGAGGUGACCAUUGCAGAUGUGUGCCUUGUUCCUCAGCUAUACAAUGCCAACAGGUUUAACGUGGACAUGAGCCGAUUCCCAACAAUCACACGCAUCAUCGUAGAGCUGUCAAAGCUGGACGCAUUCAAGGCGGCUGCACCAGAGGUCCAGCCAGACACCCCAGAGGAACUGAAAGCCAAAUAGUUUGGAAUUAACUCCUCUUUAAGCAAGCCUUGCUCUUUGUAAACAAGGCUAAAUGCAUGUGCAUAAAGUGUCGUCCCAGAGAAUCAGCCUAGACUAGUUUUUUUAUCAGAAGAGAUUUCAUUGAAACGAAAAAUCUAUAUAAGUGUUGUCCCUGAUUAGUAUUGACUACAUGGGUAAUCUGGGACAACUCAUGCAUUUAGCCCAGUUUUCUCAGAACAGGGCGUAAUAGGAUAUCACUUAAUUACCUUGCUUCCGUUGUCAGGCAUUCCAUCAACCUGAAUUUGUUCUAUUAUGUUGAUGUCAUGUUGUGUUAAAAACAGUUUAAUUUUCGUCAGAUUUCUUAAAGAAAACUGACAACGAAUGCAGAAAAAGAACUUUUAAAGGGGCCUUUUCACCUUUAGGUAAAUUUACAAAAUUAAAAAAAAAGUAUUUUCAGAUUCGCAAAUUUUCAUGUUAGUUAUGAUAUUUGUGAGGAAAAAGUACUACUAAACAUUUGCAUUUAUCAAUAUAAAGCAUUUAAUGACAAACUUCAAUACAUGCCAAAAUCUGUGAAAAGGCCCCAUUAAUGAUACAAUAUAUAUAUAUUACACAAUAAAAGUUUACCAAAAUUUUUUUUUUUAAUUUGUUCCUUUUUUGGAUAAAAAAUCUUUGUAUACUAGUCUAUAGAAUUAAAGGGUAAAUGUUUACAAUUAUGCAAGGAUUACUAUCUUAGCAUUUUUAUAUUUUGUUAAAUAUUUAAUAUAUAGUGUCAGACACAUACAUUAAUGCCCUACCAAGUCUGGUUUGCAGUAUUUGCAUCGAAUGACAUUGUAGGAUUGUUCAGUAAUUCUUUUGCUUGGUACAUUAUAAUUUUUGAGUGCUUAUACAAAAUGUAACUCUAUGAGCAUAUCAGUGUUUAGUUACUAGUCAGAGAGAGAUAAAUUUAAACAGAUGUUUAUUAUUAUCCAUAAUAGACAGGCAUAGUGAUAUAAAAUUGAUAGGUGUGUUUGUGUGUAUGAAUGAUUCUGUAGGAUUUAAGCAUAGGGCAGUAAUUCUUUCGCUUGUAACAUUAGACUUUAAUGGGAGCUAUAACUUUUUGAGCAUAUCAGUGUUUAGUUACCCAGCAGAGAUAUAUGUAUAUAAACAGAUGUCAAUUGUUUAUUAUUAUCCCUAAAAGUAAGGCAGAGGGUUAUAGAAAUAAUAGGCCUGCAUUGUGUGCUUGCUUCUAUUGGUCACACUCUUCUGUGUGAUACCUUUUGCAUGUGAUUUGAAGAAACCUUGAGGGCAUAUUUUAAACAUUUUUGCAAUUUAUUCAUUUUGUAUGAGUUAUUGUUCUGUUUGUUUAAAAUUACCUGUGAAAACUUCUUUUAAUUACUGCUCCUAAAUUGUGCAUGCAAUUCUCGCCAAACUGUUAUAGAAUAAUUAACUCCAAGUACUUUACCACAUAUUGUCAAGUUUAUAUGAUUGCAUUUUUCACCUUCAUUUUUUAGUUACAAAAUGCAGUUUUUCUUCUCUUUUUUUCUCCUAAAAUUCAAUUGCAAAUUCUUUCUUUAAACUUUGGACACCAAGCCUCCCCUUGCUCUGUCUGUUACAGCUUCUUGCUAUAAUUAUAAUAACAUGAUGCUCUUUCUUAAAUCAAAAACUCCAAAGGGAAAGAUCUAGGGUCUCAAAAGGUAACAGGAUGCUGCUCUGGCGACAUUUUUGUAAUUUUACUUAUUCCAAGGAAUGUUAUGUAAAUGCUAACACUUAGAGGUUUUCUAUAAUUAUGUAUCAUUUAGCAUUAAAAUUGUACAUAAAUAUAUCAAAUUUUACAUUAAUUUUAUAUUUCCUUUGCCAACUCAAAAGGAAAAGCACCGGGAAGCAGAAAAGAGCAGGACGCAGCACCCUUCUAUUUUACUUUUCAUCUUUCUCUAGGUCUUAUGUUUCCUUUUUUACUUUCAGAUUUUGUUUACUUUUAUUGGCUCGGCUGUUUUCGGAGAAAACCCGAGGUAUUGUCAUAGCCAGCUCGUUGUGUCCUGUGUGUCGUUGUGUCGUCCACCGUCCGCGUCGGGCUAAAACCUUAACAUUUUGUCAAGGUUUUGAACAUUUUGGUUCUUAAAUCAAAGUGCUUCUACCUACAACUUUGAAACUUCAUAUGUAGCUGCACCUUGAUGAGUUCUACACGCCACACCCUUAUUUGGAUCACUAGGUCAAAGGUCAAGGUCACUCUGACCUCUAAAAAAAAUAAUUCUGACAAGCUUUCAUUUAUUAAAAAGUGCACCCGCAGCCGAGCGUUGGCACCCAUUAUGGGGUGCUCUUGUUUGUGUGAUCUUUUUAAAAUGAUUAAAGUUGGUUAAUUUUGGUGUCUUAAUGAUUAUGUAUAUGUAAUGUCAUGGUGAAAUUAAUUAACAAUUGCUCAGAUGAUUAUGUGUAACUGCUAUGCAACGUUUUGCCAUUUUAUGUAUAUGAUGGUUAAAUUGUUACAUAUGUUAUGAUUGUGUUUUUGAUAAAGAAGUAUAUUUUUAAUAAUUUAUAUAUCUAUAUGUUUGAUUAUUGGUUCAAACCAUGUGAAGAAAUGCUAGGGCUUGCUUUAUAUAAUAAAUAUGUUUUAAACAUAUAAAUUGUUAUGUUGCACAUUAUUAGGUACCAAUGUGUUUAAAAAUACAUGUACUUUCGUGUUUAGAUAAUAUAGCUUGGUGUAAUGCAACUGCUGUCUUAAAGGGGCCUUUUCACAGAUUUUUGCAUGUUUUGAAGUUUGUCAUUAAAUGGUUUGUAUUGAUAAUUGUAAACGUUGGAAAUAAAAAGAUCCAAUGAAAAAUCAAGAAUAAAAUAAAAAAAGAAAAGAAAACAGUAACCCUCAACUGUGCUCGAACCACUGACCCCUGGAGUCCUGGAGUAAAAGUAUGUACCAUUUAGACCGCUCGGCCAUCCGCGCUCACACAAUGUACAAAAUAUUUUAUACUUUAUAUAAGCAAUCCUCGUAGGUUCACAAAAUAUAACGACAACAACAGAACGUUCCAAAUGAUUCAAUCGUUUCGCGUUGCAACGCUUUAUCACUUUCAGGUUUUUAAAUCGUUAAAAAAUGCAUAUAUUUGCUAUUUUAGAGCAUGGUAAAUGUUCAGUAUUACUGUUUCCACACAAAUACCAUAACUAAAACGAAAAUUUGCGAAUCUGAAACAACUGUUUUUGACUUUGUCAUACCAAAACGUGAAAAGGCCCCUUUAAGAAGUUAUUUCGUAAUUGUGUUUGAAUUGUAAAUGCUGAAGAAUGUGAUAAUGCAAGUAAUCAACUUA